AUGACUUAUAAUUAAGAUGCAAUCAAAAAAAAGACUGCUUAAGAUGACUUACACUCAAAUAUAAGAAUCUAAAAUAACUAUUAUUUGAAAUCGAAUAAGAAUAUGUGA